GAGAGGCAGCGGAGGGGAGGGCCAAGUGGCGUGAGGCAGUGCGUGCUCCUCCGCGUUCAAUCCCCACAGUGGAUACACAAGGAGAAAGAAGCUUCCUCUGAGCGUCACGCAGGGAAAAAGCCAAAAGGGACUUCUUUUCCCCCUCCCCAAGCCCCCUUUCUUAUCCCGUCAUCCUCCUGCGACUUCAUCCUCACGCCGCUUUUUAUUUGCCCUUUUGUCCCUCCUCUUUUGUUCCCUCGCAUCCGUAUCUCGGCGUCACCUCCAGGGGAAGGAAAAAGGAAGGCGCAUCCGUCCUGCACAGCCGGUGCAGGCUGCUGAUGCUCGGACCGACGUGUGGAUUCUGACAAGCCCUGUUUGAUGCAGUGAAGUGUUCCACGAGAGUCGACGUAAACAAAAGGUCGCCAGCCAUGGGGAACCUCAUUAAGGUCCUUGGCAAGGAUUUAGAGAACUGUCCUCAUUUUUUCCUGGACUUUGAAAGGGGCUCAUGGGAAACCUCCUGAAAGUGCUGGCUUGCGCCGAACUUGAGCAUGGCCCAAUAGUUUUCCUUGACUUUGAACAUGCCCAACCCACUGAGGCCGAGACGGCCGUAUGGAACCAGGUCAGCGCCGUGCUGGAGGAGGCCCACGGGAUCCUGGCCGAGCUGCAGUCCUAUAACGGCGCCGGGCAGGAGAUACGAGAAGCCAUUCAGAAUCCAGGUGACCUCGCUCUGCAGGAGAAGGCCUGGAACGCGGUGUGUCCUCUGGUGGCCAAGCUCAAGCGCUUUUAUGAGUUCUCACUGCGCCUGGAGAACGCCCUGCGCAGCCUGCUGGAGGCGCUGACGAGCCCGCCCUACGCCCCAAUGCAGCACCUGGAAAGGGAGCAGGCCCUGGCUAAGCAGUUUGCAGAGAUUCUGCAUUUUACACUCAGCUUCGAUGAAUUGAAGAUGACAAAUCCAGCCAUUCAGAAUGACUUCAGCUACUAUAGGAGGACUAUUAGUAGGAACAGGCUGAACAAUCAGCAGCUGGAAGCGGAAAACGAGGUGAACAAUGAGAUGGCCAACCGGAUGUCGCUUUUCUACGCUGAGGCCACGCCCAUGCUGAAGACCCUGAGCAACGCCACCACCAAGUUUGUCUCAGAGAACAAGACCUUGCCCAUCGAGGACACCACAGACUGUUUGAGCACCAUGGCCUGCGUGUGUCGUGUCAUGCUUGAGACCCCAGAGUACCGCUGUCGGUUCACCAACACGGACACUAUGCUGUUCUGCAUGAGGGUGAUGGUGGGCGUCAUCAUCCUUUACGACCAUGUCCACCCCGUCGGGGCGUUUGCAAAGACCUCCAAAAUUGACAUGAAGGGCUGCAUCAAGGUCCUGAAAGAGCAACCGUCCAACAGUGUCGAGGGGCUUCUCAAUGCGCUGAGGUAUACGACUAGACAUCUAAACGACGACAGCACCUCCAAACAGAUCCGGGCGUUGCUGCAAUGAGCAACAGAGGCGCGACUGGGCGUGCGCCUCAGAAAGAAGAAAAAAAAAAAAAAAAGCCAACGACGGGCCCGUUUGUUUACGACGACCGACUCCGGGUGACGAGAAUCAUAACACGAAGAGGAAAAAGAAUUCUAUUUAUUGUCAGCUGUCCGCCAUUCUGUCUCUUGUUUUGUAAAGUAAGAAAAUAGAGAUGAUAAAAAAGGCAGAAAAUAUAAGAUAUAUAUCAAAAAGACAAGCCGCAGAUUUAAAAUAAGUAGAAUUAACGACAAGAGAGGACGCUUUUAUUGCCGAUUUAGGUGCCAAUCGAGGCCACGCUGACAUUGAAUUCCUGCAGUAGUCUUGACAAGUCAUUUUUGCACACCGCCAUCUUUUUCUCCUUCCGCUGCGUUGACAUCUCAACACACUAUCAAGCAAUGUGAUGGAUGCUCUCCGGAGAAUUGCUUCCCAAUACGUUUGAGUGUUGCAAAUCAACACAAUGGAAGGAUGUCAUGAUUCAUCGUUUGCAAUUCUUUGACUUGAAUAACUUAGUUUACUUUUACUCUCGUCAUGGGUGCUAACGUGCUUUUCGCCAUCACUGUGCUUAAUCGUCAUCCGGCUGAGCACUUUGCACUGUUUUCAAAGUGCUGUUUUUCUUUUCCGGCCUUAGCAAAAUGCUUUCUGCUACUUGGACAAGUUGCAUGAAGGUUCUCAGGAACGGCAAUGUUCUGACCCAAGAUGUGUGGAGUGGUCCAAAAGUCUCAAUUUGAAAUCACAUUGCUUCUAAUGUAAUGUUUUAGGGUUAGUUCAGAAUCUUUAGACUUAAUUUUCGAGUUAGCGGAGGUUUAAUUCGUCGGGGAGUUGUAUAGGGGCUCCAGUGUGGCUAAGCUAGCAUGAUUCAAUGGUGCUUGCUAGCAUGCCAAUAAAAAACGAUGUUAACGAUGUAACUGUUCAAACGAAGCCAUGUUGUGGUCAAAGGGGAAACGGUACAGUGCGUCAGGGUCGGCAACCCGCAUGCAGCUCUUUAGCAUUGCCCUAGUGGCUCUCUAGAGCAUUUUCAAAAAUGUUUAAAAAUGGAAAAAGAUGGUUGAGGGAAAUAUUUGUUUUGAUAUGGUUUCUGGAGGAGGACAACGAUUUCCAAUGCUGUAAAAAUGUGUAGAAUAAAUAUUAGAUUUCAACGAUUCUGUCGAUGAUGAUUUGCGUAAUAGCAAACGACACACGUUUCUAUCAGCAGGGCGGGAUGCCAGGCAGGUGGCUAUUGUAAACAAACUUGCAGCCGAGUACCCAGUUGAGAGUGAGAGAAAAAGUGUGAUUCAAUCACUUCUGAAGAACUUAUAGGAGCGGAAACAGAUUUAAGAAGUGGAUUGCAUCGCCAAACUCCACUACUGCUGCAUGUUUUGUUGCAACCCGGGGAUAAAGCGUGGAAAACCAUUCACAGAUGGUAAGUACUGUACAUGAAGGAGACAUUCGUCAAUAUAUCAGAACACCUAUUUGCAGACUUCAUAAACAAAACCAAGAAAAUAAAGAAAAUCAAAGACACGCCCAGAUAAGGGGCAUGUUAUGCACGUUCCAUUUUGUUGUUUUUCAAAACCUCAAAAUAAUAAUGACAUCAAAAAUCGGAUUUCUUUAUUGCAUUUCUAUAAUUUCAUAAAAGCAAUGAAACAAUUCAUUAAUAUUGUAAUUAAAGGGUAUGACAACACCUGGCGAAAUGCUAAUAUUCCAUCAUUUAUCCAUCAACGCAUGCCUUUUGAAUUCAUAUCAUGCCACUUCGUGUAAUUACACACAUCGCAACACCAGGAAAAUGAUAGAAAUUAGGUCGAUUGUCAUGCUAAAAUGACCCGCCCCCGAGAUGCCGGAAAUCUAGCAUGUUGUGUGCAUGACGUCACGAUAAGGAAACAACCGGCUCAGUGCUUAGUACUGAAUGGCUGCGAUGAUGGCAGACAAUUUUGUUUCUAGUUGCAGCGACGAAUCCGACAUAACGAACAUUCUUCUAAUGGUGACGAGGAGAGUUAUGAACCUUUCUUUGGUGUUUUGGGUUAUCAAUUUGAGCCCAAACGAAAGCCAAUGCAGCCUAAUGAAAGGAUCAUUGAGGGGAGCAAUCACACUGAUGAAACACCGGCGGCAACAGAAACACCGAAUGGUUUGUUUUGCAUUUGCAUCUAUAUAUUUUACGAGCGAUAAUUUAUACAUGUGUCCAGUCCUAUAUCCAAUGCGUGAUAUGUUUUUUAUUAUAAAAGAGUGCUCACUCUGGCCAUUUCCCUCCUUUGCUUUGCCUGGGGUGGUGUCAUCAGAGCCAGUCAUCGUCCUCUUUCUUGUUAUCUCGGGACAUUUAGGUGGCUGCGCGUGUAGGCGGGCACUGCAUCUGCUUUCAGCAGCAAUUUCUUAGCAAAACAUGAUUUCAUUUGUCCAUAGUUCGUAUAGCUUUCAGGUGUAAAAUGCGCACCACACAAAACCGUGCAGGAGGCUGGGUCUGCAAAAUUAGCCCUCUUAGCACUGACGAACUUUACUCAUUGUCUGCGUAGUCCAGCUCUUUUACUCGCGUUCGGGAACUCAUGGGUGCUACACUGCGACAAAUGGCUAUUUGUAAACCACAUAGCAUGACACGUUUGAACCAUUUUAGCGAUUUUUUGAUAAAACACGAACGCAACUCUCUCGUCGAUAAACAACGAUGGCACCUGCCUCGACCUUUUGUUUCCUUGUUAUGACGUCUCCGCCCCAUUCGGCUGUUUCCGGAAUACUUUCGGAAAUGUUCGUAAUUUUCGAUCUAUUUUCGAUAAUUGCUCAUGAAUGCGAUUUAUUUUUUUGUUAACUUUAUUAAUAUUUGUUAUCUUGCCACAUAACGGUUCUAUUGAUAUCUCUCAGCCCCUUAGUGUUUUCAUACCCUUUAAGUUAAACUUGAGGUGGCAUUAUACAACAGAGUAGUCACGUUUUAAGUUGGAAGUACUGCAGGGAAAGUAAAAAUUAAAUCAUGAAGGCUCAUUAUGUAUUUUUAGCCGACUGAGUCAUUUUGAUAGUAGGCUAAUACAGAUACAUACAGCAUGUGUUGCCUUCAUUAUUAGGCUUAUUUAAGGCUUUUAAUUUUUUGGGGACUCCAGGCAUAUUUGUUUUUUUGGUCCAAUAUGGCUCAACAUUUUGGGUUGCCGAUCCCUGGUCAGGGUGAUUGAUUUGAGGAAUGAGGAUUCCCUUUCGUUUCCAAUAAAAAAAAUCAGCGAUGAAAAAAAAUGAUGUGAUGUCACUCUGCUCUGCUUGCCUAGAGAGCCUGUUCCCUGCAGAGCUGCUGGAUUACAAAUGUUGCUGUUCAUACUAAGCCUGUCGCGAUAAACUAUAAGCCAAUUUGUUGCACGGUAAAUAAAAAUAAGGGCUGUAAUUUUCAUGGACAUGAUUUAUCGUCGCUUGCGUGCAUGCAUACAUUCGUGCGUGUGCUUGCGUGUGCUUAUUGCAAUCGGCACACGUGUGUGUUGAUGGCAUAUGAGACUCCAGUUUCUUUCACAGAUGUUUAUUGGUCAUCAACACGCCGCAGAAUAAAGUUCAGACACACAAAAUAAGGAAACACAUCUAUAUUUAACAUUGUAAAACGUUAAACUUGCUAAAUUAAGGCUAACAGAAAAAAAACAAUGAACUAACCACUUUAGCCUGUUGUAAAACAUUAGCAGUCUUCUCCAAAACGCAAAAUUGUGGUUAAAAGGUGACACUUCCAACAUAAAAAAAUUGGUUAAACAGCAUUUGCAAACGAAAAAAUGAAAAAAAAAUCUAUUACUGACACCACAUGCAUGACGAAAAGAGAGGUGUACUUUUUUUUACGGAGUGUAAACUUAUGGUUAUCGGUUUAGCGAACGCACUUCCGGUGAACAUUUCAAAACAAAAGCGCGUCAAAUUCGACAUAUAAAUAACAAUUUCUGGAGUUAAUUUCACAGUCUUUAGAUUCUACACUAAGAAUAGCUUUCAAAUGAUACCCUUUAUGAAAAAUCUGAUUGGCAAUGAAUAAUUUGGCUUCACAUUUGCUAACGUGCACUCUGCAGGACAAAAGGAUACUAAUUUUUGAUCAAAUAAUGGGUGAUUUAUUAGGAUUUAUUGUCACUACAUUAGUGGUUGAAUUGGUUAAAAAAAUUGACAAUAAUAUCUCAUGUCGGCAGUAAUUUCUGAGAGAAUAUAUCGCCUACUAAAAUUUGUUAUUGCGACAGGCCUAGUUCAUACUAAAAUUAUUGACAUGCAGUGGCAAGUUUUGAUAACUUUAUCCUGAAAACAUAGCCAACAUUAUUGAUUCCAUCGGUCAUCUCUGAUUUUCAUGCGUGCAUAUGUUGUUUUUUAUUGGCAUGCUAGCAAGCACCAUUUACUCGCGCUAGCUUAGCAAAUCGGGAGCCCUUGCAACUAACAAAUAAAUAGCAAACUGCACAGAAUUUGUUCUAAUAAACCCCCGCUAAUUUGAAAAUUAAGCUUAAAGUAAAAAAUUCUGAACUUUCCCUUUGAGUUGGAAAAAACAACAAAAAAAUGCCAAUAAACGUUGUUUGUAACCUGACAUCACUGCUGAACGUUUCCAUCGAAUUUUCAGUCUCACAUGUUGAAAAUAUGUUGAAUUACCAAAAGUCACCCCAUUGUUUCUUUUCUUCAUUGCAAAUCAUUUUAAUUUUAAAUUGGUGUCUUUGUUUAAAAACAGGUGUUAAACAAAAUUAUGAUUUGGAACUUAGUAAGAUUUUAUACCCCAAAACAUGUUUACAAUA